AUGGGAAUCAAAUAUAUUCCAAAAGACAAGCCUAAAGAUGAUGGUAAACCUAAAGAUGAUGGUAAACCUAAAGAUGAUGGCAAGCCUAAAGAUACUGGUAAGCCUAAAGAUGAUGGCAAGCCUAAAGAUACUGGUAAACCUAAAGACGAUGGUAAACCUAAAGACGAUGGUAAACCUAAAGAUGCUGGCAAGCCUAAAGAUACUGGUAAGCCUAAAGAUGAUGGUAAACCUAAAGAUGAUGGUAAACCUAAAGAUACUGGAAAACCUAAAGAUACUGGAAAACCUAAAGAUGAUGGCAAGCCUAAAGACGAUGGUAAACCUAAAGAUGAUGGUAAACCUAAAGAUGAUGGCAAGCCUAAAGAUGAUGGCAAGCCUAAAGAUGAUGGUAAACCUAAAGAUGAUGGCAAGCCUAAAGAUACUGGAAAACCUAAAGAUACUGGUAAACCUAAAGAUGAUGGUAAACCUAAAGAUGAUGGCAAGCCUAAAGAUGAUGGCAAGCCUAAAGAUGAUGGUAAACCUAAAGAUGAUGGCAAGCCUAAAGAUACUGGAAAACCUAAAGAUAAUGGUAAACCUAAAGAUGAUGGCAAACCUAAAGAUGAUGGCAAACCUAAAGAUGAUGGCAAGCCUAAAGAUGAUGGUAAGCCUAAAGAUACUGGAAAACCUAAAGAUGAUGGCAAGCCUAAAGAUGAUGGUAAACCUAAAGAUGAUGGUAAACCUAAAGAUGAUGGCAAGCCUAAAGAUGAUGGCAAGCCUAAAGAUGAUGGUAAACCUAAAGAUAAUGGUAAACCUAAAGAUAAUGGAAAACCUAAAGAUGAUGGCAAGCCUAAAGAUGAUGGCAAGCCUAAAGAUAAUGGUAAACCUAAAGAUGAUGGUAAACCUAAAGAUGAUGGCAAGCCUAAAGAUACUGGAAAACCUAAAGAUACUGGUAAACCUAAAGAUGAUGGCAAGCCUAAAGAUGAUGGCAAACCUAAAGAUGAUGGUAAACCUAAAGAUGAUGGAAAGCCUAAAGAUGAUGGCAAGCCUAAAGAUGAUGGUAAACCUAAAGAUGAUGGUAAACCUAAAGAUGAUGGCAAGCCUAAAGAUGAUGGUAAACCUAAAGAUGAUGGUAAACCUAAAGAUGAUGGCAAGCCUAAAGAUGAUGGAAAGCCUAAAGAUGAUGGUAAACCUAAAGAUGAUGGUAAACCUAAAGAUACUGGAAAACCUAAAGAUACUGGUAAACCUAAAGAUGAUGGCAAGCCUAAAGAUGAUGGCAAGCCUAAAGAUGAUGGUAAACCUAAAGAUACUGGAAUACCUAAAGAUACUGGAAAACCUAAAGAUGAUGGUAAACCUAAAGAUACUGGAAAACCUAAAGACGAUGGUAAACCUAAAGACGAUGGUAAACCUUUAGAUACUGGAAAACCUUUAGAUACUGGAAGACCUUUAGAUAUUGGAAAACCUUUAGAUACUGGAAAACCUUUAGAUACUGGAAAACCUAAAGACGAUGGUAAACCUAAAGAUAUUGGAAAACCUAAAGAUACUAGAAACCCUUAAUAAGAACCAAAAUCAAAGGAAGGCGGAUACAUUGAAAAAUAACAAGCGAGAGAUAACUAAUCUUCUGUAAGUAAAAAAAAAAUUAUUUCUACUUACACAAAAAAAUCUAAUAAUUUUAAGUACAAUAAAAAUUGA